CACAGAGCAGCAGGGCUGAGCAGCCUCUGGAUCUGGAUGCGGGCAUCCUUGGAUUUCGCUCUCAGCACGGGCCCACAGCACGGAAAACUUAACGGGACAACAAUGGUGCUUGCCUCGGCGGCUGAAUCCGUGGCUGCUGGUCGUUCAGGGGACCGGGAAAUGCGGUCAAUGUGACAUUCACUUGCAUGCUGGUGUUCGAGUUUAUUGUUCUGGUCCUGUAGACGCAGAGCGGCGAAACCUGGGAGAGAAAGAUGUUGAGCCGAUUUAUGAGUGGCAGCGUCAGGAAUCUUGAGCGGGAAUACAACUGCACGGUCAGGCUGCUGGACGACACGGAAUAUACGUGCACCAUUCAGCGGGAUGCAAAGGGACAAUAUCUGUUUGACCUCAUCUGCCAUAACCUCAACUUACUGGAAAAAGACUAUUUUGGCAUCAGAUAUGUGGAUCCAGACAAGCAGCGGCAUUGGUUGGAGUUCACAAAGUCAAUUGCAAAGCAAAUGAAAUCUCAGCCUCCGUUCACCAUGUGUCUGAGAGUUAAGUUCUACCCUCCUGAUCCUGCUUCUCUCAAGGAGGAAAUCACUAGAUAUCUUGUCUUCCUGCAACUCAAGAGAGACCUCUAUCACGGUCGGCUCCUGUGCAAAACCUCGGAUGCGGCUAUGCUGGCUGCCUACAUCCUUCAAGCUGAGAUCGGUGAUUACGACCCUGGGAAGCAUCCUGAAGGUUAUAGCUCCAAGUUCCAGUUCUUUCCUAAACAUUCUGAGAAGUUGGAGCGAAGGAUUGCGGACAUACACAAGACGGAGCUGAUUGGACAGAAACCUGAAACAUCAGAGCGAAAUUUCCUACAGAAAGCUCAGAUGCUGGAGACGUAUGGUGUUGAUCCACAUCCAUGCAAGGAUGUAUCUGGGAACCCUGCUUUUCUCGCCUUCACGCCGUUCGGUUUUGUGGUGCUUCAGGGAAACAAGAGAGUUCAUUUUCUCAAAUGGAACGAGGUGACCAAACUCAAGUUUGAAGGCAAGACUUUUCACAUAUAUGCAAAUCAGAAGGAGGACAAAAAGAUCAUCUUGACAUACUUUGCACCCACACCGGAGGCAUGCAAGCACCUUUGGAAGUGUGGAGUGGAGAAUCAAGCUUUCUAUAAGCUUGAGAAGUCAAGUCAGGUUCGCACUGUGUCCAGCAGCAACCUAUUCUUCAAGGGCAGCCGUUUCCGCUACAGUGGGCGAGUGGCAAAAGAGGUGAUGGAGCAGAGUGCCAAAAUCAAACGCGAACCUCCAGAAAUACACAGGGCUGGCCUCGUGCCUAGCAGAAGUUGUCCAUCCAUCACCCACGGGCCGCGGCUCAGCAGCGUACCGCGCACGCGUCGGAGGGCUGUGCACAUAUCUAUCAUGGAGGGUCUGGAGUCCUUGCGUGACAGUGCCCACUCUACACCGGUGCGUUCAGUGUCCCACGGGGAAUCCUUUAUACCACGCUCCCGGAGCCAGGUCGCAGAUACCAGCGAGGGGAUGGCAGUCAUCUCUGACGAGGCCUACAGCCCCUCUGACAGCGUCCUGCCCACGCCGGUGGCUGAGCACAGCAUGGAACUAGCCGUAUCACGCCAAAUCAAUGGAGCGCCCUGCAGCAUUGAGGAGGAAAAGGAGUCGGAAGCGAGCACCCCUAUGCAUGGGGAACGGGGUGAUUUUGGUGCGGACAGUAGAUCUGCACAGGAGGGCGCAGGGGGGGACUCAGCCCUCAGCGAGGUGGAACAGGUGAAUAAGUUUGUCUUAAGUGUCCUCCGUUUGCUCCUUGUGACCAUUGGACUCCUCUUUGUGUUGCUCCUCCUCCUCAUCAUCCUCACCGAGUCAGACCUUGACAUUGCAUUUUUAACUGAUAUCCGCCAGACCCCCGAAUUUGAGCAGUUCCAUUACGAAUACUUUUGUCCCCUCAGGCGGUGGUUUGCCUGCAAGCUCCGCUGGGUGGGCGGGUUGCUCAUUAACAAGUGAGAGUGAGGUCGUAGAGUCCAUAAACCUGUUCGGGGGUCUGACAAGACGGUUAGGACUCCGGAGUGAUGGAGGGCAGCCUCGUCCCAACCAUGAACCCUGCUUCUCUCAUCCUCCUCCUGCAGACAGACAUACAGCUUGGACCACUCCUGGUAACACCGGGCCAGGAUCUCUCUCCCCCUCCUCCACUUUAAGUUGCCCUCACCCACUCAACCCCCUCCUCGUUUCGCUUACGUUGUUCUUUUUUUCCUUUUUUUUUUUUCUACAAAAGCCAGGACACCUUUUUUCUGCAAUUUUUUUUUUAAAUUUUAAGCCAUUUCAGGUAUUUUAUUUUUUCAAAUAAAACAAAGGAAAAAAAAUUAAAGAGAAAAGCAAAGAACUAAAGGAUUUUAAACAGUUCCUUUUACCGGAACAGAAGAUGUUUUUUUUGUCGCAACAGAUGAACGUUGCCUUCGUUUCUUAUUUAUUGCUUUUAAACACGAUUAGCAGAAGGAGAAGGGGUCGUGAAUGGUGAUCAAGGAAGUUGAUUUUGUCAGUAAAAGAUGAAAGUGAGUCACGUCAGAGUCAAAGGGCCUUCUGCUGUGAACCAUACAUGAGUCAAAGUGGUGUAAUAGCGCUUGAUAUCGAUUCAUCCCCAUCAGAAGUUGGCAGCAGAUUAACCUCAUUAGAAAAACAAAGCAGUUUGACGGGAAUAAUAGUGAAGGCGUGUGGAAUGGAAAACGGGAAGUGUGGUUAAUGAGUUUUUUUUGGGAAUAUAGAAAUUAUCGAUAGCUUAAGACACAGUUAGACUUCAGUAUACAUUUGUAUACAAGGUUCGCAAGGUUAUUUUCUAACACUUUAUAAAGAUACGGUGAAAUAAGUACCAAUACCUGUAGUGUUAUUUUCCCAGUAGUGUCAGACGUGGUUAGAAAAACGCUCACAAUGAGCAAAGAUUCACUGGCACCAGUAGAUGAUAGUCUAGGUAGAUGUGCAAUGCUGACAUGGUUUUAAUAAUUAAGAACUUUGAAUGUGCUCGUUGGUUCAGUUCUUUUGUUAUUUCUUCAUUUUAAUUUGAUUUGCUUUUUUUUUUUUCAUCACGUUGAAAUUCGAUGAAUUUCAAUGAUUUCUUUGUAUGAAGAAUUCUUGAUUUAUUUUGGUUUCAUAUCAACCUUGCUCUGACUAUAUUAUUAUUAUUGUUAGAAUAAGAGUAAUACUGUACUUUUUGUACAAAUUAGUUUGUUUCCUAAUAUAUAUUGACACGUUUUCCAUGUAUAUUUUAACAGAACUGAAAUGUUAUUUUGUUAUUGAGAUUAAAUUAUACCUUUUUUAGCGCUGUAAGGUCAGAAGCAUUUAUGGAAAGAUGGAAGGAGGUCUGAAAAAGAAAAAAGAAAAAACAACAAAAACAACAACAAAAAAACAACAACAAAAAACAAACAAACAGGGCUUUUAUCCAGAUCCACUCAACACUAAUCAUGCCUCCCAUCACUCCACCAGCAGAGUGUGUGCAACUUUAAUGACCGUUUAGAUUGAAUUAAAUCUGGAAUGUCAUUGUACCACCAAUACUAAAUAAUUCAAAAACAUAUGUCCGACUUUCAUAACUUUAUCAUAUCUUAUUUUACUUGAAGAAUUUGGAGAAGUGACGGAGCCUGACUGACUGGAUCUACGUUAAAGGGGACCUGUUUUUUGAUAUUUAAAUAUGCUGGAUUCUCAUGUUUAAGAUAGUUGAGUAUACAAAUGUGCAAAUAAUCCAUGUGAGACAGAAGCUCAGACUUCAGGCUGCUGACAGUUUGAUUUUUUUUGUUUUGUUUUGUUUUGUUUUUGGGGGUUUUUUGGACCCUUGGACCUGCAUGAUGUCAGUAAGAGCGGAUGUCCCUAAUAUGGUCAUGUUUAGGCACACAGUGCUGGUUGUGUGCGCACAUAACCACCACUCACCUGAUGGGGUGGGGGAGCUGAAAUAGCUCAUUUCAGACAGAAGAUAAGCUGAAGGGCUGCACUAAAGCACAGAAUGAGGUAAAUAAUAAUUAUUUUAAGCUGUUUUUCAUGCAAAGCUACUCUUAAGGAUAUAAAAGGUCCUCUUAAAAAAACAAAC